ACAAAACUGUCAUAUUUGAAUGAACCUGUCUUGAAUUUGUAUACACGUGCUUUUAUAAUAAUGUUUAACUAAUUAAUAUUUAUUUUAAUAAUAAUAAGGAUUAUAAAUGGACAGGUAUAAUUGCUGGCAUCUAAGAAUCCGAGGAAAUAAAGACUAUGAUGAAAAUUUAAAAAAAUACGUAGAGAACAUUGAAAAUCUAUACAAAAAACAAAUAAGAGCACUACCUCAAUGGAAUCAGUUGAAGCAGAAAAUAGAUUGUAGAACUUCUACUUGCAAAAACAAGGUUUUCGAAGCUAAGAAAAGAAAAGCUUACAUAAUAAAUAAAAUAUACGUACAAUGGACCAGACCUACUCCAUUUGAAUUAACAGAUUGUCUAUUCAGAACAUCAGACAAAUGGCAAGCCCAUGUAUAUAAGAAACCUAAAUAUCCUUCAAUAGAAAACAUAGAAAAAGAAUCCAGCAUUGUUGAAACAGAACAAAAUACAUCUGAGCUUAGUGACGUAGCACACCCGAAUACUGAAACAGUAGCUUCCCUUGAUAUAAUAGAACCUAAAUUUAGAAACGUUAACACUGACGAACCUGUUUCAGAAUUGACUUCUCCUGUACAUCGACCCAUAUAUAUAGAAACAAAUCAGCACAAGUUAAUAUCCCCAUUGACUUCAAAAGACAAUUUUGUUUGUAUCGAGAGUAAAUUUAAUCGGGAAAAAAAAUUGCCGGACAAACCUGAGUGCCCUGAAUUGAAACUUACAACUUUAAUAAAAUGCUCACCUAGAAAAAUAUGCAUACGCUGCAGAACUUUGGAGGAACAGACGGCAUCGUUUUCAUUAAUAAAUUGUGGUUCAGAAACCACCAUGAUCAGGUUUCACUCUAUUACUAAUCGAUGUUGGUUUAAGAAGAUCAUAAUAGAACCUCAGAUUCCAAUGCGACUCUAUCCUGGAAUAGCUGUUAAAUAUAAAUUGAUGUUUAAACUGUUGCAAAUAGACCAAGAUUUCGACACGAAUUUGAAUUUUCGGAAAUCGUUCAAAUACAACCUGUUUAUUUGUGGCAAAUAAAGUUUGGUUAUCCAAAAUCAUUUCUCCAUGUUAGAAUUGAAGAUUGCAAUAAAUACAUUCUUCGUAUUACUAAACGCACAGUGAAUUUUGUCAAAGAUCUUAAUGGACUGUCGACAUCUUUGGAAGGUAUCCCUCCUAAUACAGAAAGUUUGAAUAAUAUUGAAGAUCUUCAAGAAUUUUCUAAAAACGAAUGCUUAGAAGACCCACUUGAGGAGACAAAUCGAGAUAUUGUAGAUGACAUCUUAAAUCUAGUCAUUGAUCAAGCUUUAGACAUUUUUGUUUUCGAUAGAACUUUUAUAACUCUCGAUCCAAAAUCUAACCAAACUAUUCCUAUUUAUUUUACUAAAGCAGAACAUAUUGGAAAACAUCAAUGCUAUUACGAUUUACAUUUCUAUGAUCAACAGGAAGAAGUCAUAUUCCUAACCAAAACUAUCAAAAUUUUUGGUGAAGUUUUGCGGCAUCCUCUACACAUAUAUCCGACAUUGUUAGAUAUGACUCAAUCCCACCAGAUGCAUGGAUUUUACGAGGAUAAAAUUGUAGUAGCAAAUACCCACACAGUUUACCCGGUUCUGGUAAAAAUCAAGUUAACAGAUAUCAUGAAAAAUAUGAUUCAAAUAAGACCUAUGUCGACUCUAAUACCGACCACCUCCAAUGUUACCUUACGCGUGAGACUAUGCUCAAAAGAUCUGUGUACUUCAGAAGGAUAUGAUGAUUUUGUUCAUUUUACGAUCAAGAUAAUUAUAACCGGCGACAAGUCAAUCUAUGACAAAGUACCACCGAUAUUUUACGAAAUAAUUGCGCCAUGUGCUUCUUAUUUCGAAAAGAUUAACAAUCGGAAAUAUUUAAACGAGGAGCAAUUUAAGUCAACAGUGGAAGGCUAAAAACAAAACUCAUGCUAAUGAUUAAAGCGACAGCAUUUCUCAUUUUAUUUAGCCUUUAAACUUAUCAUUCACAAGAAAAGUAAACACGAUAAAAAGUCAAGUUUUCCAAAGAAUGUAGUCCGGACAAGAGACGGAAAGGAUCAAACCUGUUGAAAUGACCGACUUUCCAUAUGUAUUACGGGUCAAGUGACUUGAUUGCCUGAACCCGCAUAAUAUUCCAGACCAGAUGUACAGGUCGUAUCGGAACCGGUUCGAUAGGACAAUCGUCAAUAAAUCAGUGAUAACUUUGAUAGGCUCUUGUGGUAUUCGUUGUGAUUUAACGAUCGUUAUUGUAGAUUGGCAAGAUAUUGAUGUCGUAAAAUUUACCGUACCAUGAUUUGUCGUUUUAUAUUCAUGAUUUCAUAAAAUACUCAUUCGAAAUAUUUUAUGGAACGAGUGAUAGUCCUCUGAAUAUUGUUCAAUUUUGGUUAAAUGUUGUAUGAGUAAUUUUUUGGGACGCCAACAAAAGGUUUUGAAAUAUAAUCAUUAUUGAACUAGAACUAUAUAAAAGUAUGUAAAGAAAUUUAAGUACAAAUUUUCUAGCCAUACCCUUCCUUGUCCCCAAGUCCUUAACAUGCACGGAUCGUAUUAAUUUGUAUGUUUCCUAGUAUCGCAUCGCAACGGUACAAGUCAUUCUAAAUAAGCUCCGAAACAAAAUCGAUUAUGUAUCGAUUAUAUUCGAAUAAAUUUAAAAUUCCUAUCGUGUUCGACUUUCACAAAGUUCAUGACGAUUUCAUCAUAAUCCAAAUUAAAAUAAGGAAUAGGAGUCAUCACGGAUAAGUUCCUAACCUACUUUGCGACUAUAGUUCCUCCUUCAGUAAUAUAUCCUGAUUUUUCUUCGCAAGAAAACAAAAUGUUGUCUUUUUUAUUUGCCUGUUUCGACAGAGGAACUUACGGCUCACCUGAUGGUGAAUGGUUAACGUCGCUCAUGGACAACAGCAAUCCAAAGCCAAGCUAAGUCUUAAACCAUAGAAAAAAUUCAGUGUAAGAAGAAAGAUGAGAUGUCUUAAAUACUUACAUAUAGUCCAAUUCUGACCUUAAUAUUUAGGAUAGAAAAAUGUACAUUUUAUUCACGUGUGUCUCGAGAAACACGUGAUUAUACCGCCAGUGUUCAAGGAAGUAAGAAAAUAAAAUGUGAACACGAAGACUUCGGCGGAGUGAUAGUAAAUCCAAGAAGUUAGUCGCAUUCAUUUGACUGACUUACAUAGAUAAUGAAUGUUAUUUCUUUAUUAAUGUUUUUGGAUGUUAUGUAUUGUAUGUUAUUAUUUGUAUGUUUCCUUUGAGAUUGGGUUUUUUUUUCGACUUAACAAAUUCAAUGUAACUUAAAUAAAAUGUAUUUCUACUUAAUACAUACAUUGUGACAAACGUAAUCUAAAAUAUAUAUUUGCCACGUAAUAUGAGCAUAUAUUAAAUUUUCAUUAAA